UAUCCUCUCAUCAACUAACCCCGCAAAACCCAGCAACCGAAACCCGCGACAAUCUUUGACAGCCGAGCGAAACCAGCGAUGCCUCAUCGGGGGUUUAGCUAACACGCAAUCAAUCGACGAACCAAUCUCUCUCGUCACCGCGAUGGCAUCGGCGGCGGAGGGCGUGCAGGAGGCGGCGGCGGCGGGGCGCCGGUACUGGCGGUGGAGCAAGGCCGAGUUCUUCCCGGAGCCGUCGUUCCGGAGCUGGCGCGCGUACGGCGGCGCGCUGCUCUCCACCGGACAGCGCCUGCGGGACCGCGUCACGAGCCGCUCCUCGGAGGCCGUCGAGGCUGGCACGCUCCUCGCCCAGAGCGAGAACCCGCUCCGCCGCUGCCUCUCCUGGGUGGACCUCGCCUUCCUCGGCUUCGGCUCCGUCGUCGGCUCCGGCGUCUUCGUGCUCACCGGCCAGGAGGCGCGCUUCGACGCCGGCCCGGCCGUCCCGCUCGCCUACGCCGCCGCGGGCUUCUCCGCGCUCCUCUCCUCCUUCUGCUACGCCGAGCUCGCCACCGAGAUCCCCUCCGCGGGGGGCUCCUUCUCCUACCUCCGCGUCGAGCUCGGGGACCUGGCGGCGUUCCUCGCCGCGGGGAACAUCCUGCUCGAGGCCGUCGUCGGCGCCGCGGGGCUCGGCCGCUCCUGGACCUCCUACCUCGCCGCGCUCAUCGGCCGCGACAGCGACGCGCUCCGCAUCCACGUGCCCGCACUCGCCGACGGCUUCAACCUGCUCGAUCCCAUCGCCGUCGUCGUGCUCUGCGCCACCUCCGCGCUCGCCGUCUCCGGCGCGCGCCUCACGUCCACCAUCAACUCGGCGGCGUCCGUGGUCGGCAUCGCCAUCAUCGCCUUCGUGCUCGGCGGCGGCUUCGCGCACUUCGACCCCGCCAACCUCGGCCCCUCCUUCUUCCCCUUCGGCGCCGCGGGCGUCUUCCGCGCCGCUGCCGUCGUCUACUGGUCCUACACGGGCUUCGACAUGGUGGCCACCAUGGCGGAGGAGACCAGGAACCCCGGGCGCGACGUGCCGCUGGGCCUCAUCUCGUCCAUGUCCGCCAUCACCGCCGUCUACUGCGCCAUGUCGCUCGCGCUCGUCGGUAUGCAGCGCUACAGCGAGAUCGACGCCAACGCGGCCUACUCGGUGGCGUUCGCGGCCGCCGGGAUGAAGUGGGCGCGCUACGUCGUGGCGCUCGGCGCGCUCAAGGGCAUGACCAGCGGCCUCCUCGUCGGCGCGCUGGGCCAGGCGCGCUACACCACCCAGAUCGCGCGCACCCACAUGAUCCCGCCGUACUUCGCGCUCGUGCACCCCAGGACCGGCACGCCCAUCUACGCCACAGCCGCCGUCACGCUCGGCGCCGCCUGUGUCGCGCUCUUCUCCAGCCUCGACGUGCUCGCAUCCGUCUCCUCCAUCAGCACGCUCUUCAUCUUCGCACUCGUCGCCGUCGCGCUCCUCGUCCGCCGGUACUACGUCGCCGGCGCCACCUCGCCCGCGCAGCUGCGCACCUUCCUCGCCUUCCUGGCGCUGAUCGUCUUCUCCUCCAUCGGCAUGUCCGUCUACUACAACUCGGGCUACGCGCGGCGGUGGCCGGGGUACGUGGCGUUCGGCGCCCUGUGGGUGGUCGGGACGGCGGGGAUGGCGCUGUGCGCGAAGCAGCAGAGGGCGCCCAAGGUGUACGGCGUGCCGCUCAUGCCUUGGCUGCCGGCCAUGUCAGUGGCCACCAACCUCUUCCUGAUGGGCUCGCUCGGGUCCCUGGCCUACAUGCGCUUCGGCAUCUGCACGGCGGCGAUGCUCGUCUACUACGUGUUCUUCGGCGUGCACGCCACGUACGACAUGGCGCACUCUGAAGAUCAGACGACAUCGACGGCGAACGCUGCCAUCGACGGCGUGGAGCAGGGGAAGAUCGUGCCGGUGUGAGACAGGCUGCCCUUAAUUUUUUAGAUUAAUUUAGCAAAAGGUUUCAUUUCUUUUAUCGUAUGCCGUGACAGUGUGUGGAUUCGUAGGAUAGAUUUCAGACGAGGCAAGGUUCUCCUUAUUACUACCACCAUUCGAAAUUACAAUUAACUUUUGUAGAUACAUA